AUGACGACUAAGACCAUCCAUGGGAACCGGCCAUUCCAGAAGCCCUCUUCUCUACGCUGGACGUGGGAGUCACCCAAUGGAGGGUACCGUGAUGAAACUGACCACAUUAUCGUCAGUAAAAGAACAAACUACGAAGCUCACAAAGCACAAAGAACUCCCAGAACCAUCAUCGAUUGGGUGCACUUCGCUUCUUUUGUCGGCUUGUGUGAAGAUACCGUGAUGGACAACAUCGACGACGAAUAUGAACGGCUUGUAGAACAUUUUCACGACUGCACGAGGAAAAUGAAGAGUUUCAAAACCACCAAGAGAUGCCUGUCUCCGGAAACUCUAGAGCUGAUACGUCUGCGUGGAGCUGCACGAGCUGCAGGCAACACAGCUCACGUCCAAGCUUUGUCUUCGCAGAGAGGCGAUAAAAGAAAACCUCAAAGAAAGACGAGCAGAAUUGUUGGCUGA